AUGAAGAGGAGGACCGUUGCUCUCCAACACCUGGCCUCCACAGCCGUGAAGGACCAUUCGUCCAUGAAUGGCAAGGAGCUCAAGCGUAAGCUGGAGCGGAACACAGGGAUCAAUGUCGCCCACCGAACGGCAAACCGGAUGAAGAUGACAGCAAGGGACGGCGACAAAGCGACGACGGCGGCUGGGUACCAGCUGCUGGGUUCUUUCUGUUGACCUUCUUCAACAGCAGUGCCCUGGUUCGGUGGCGGAAACCCAGAAACACCCAGACGGCACCUUCAAGCGAUGUUUCAUCAUGCUCGGACGUGCGGCGCACGU